AUCCGAACGACGGUGGCAUCAAAAUCAAUACAAGGCUGGCUUUGCAUUUUUGUGUAGGCCAUGGUCCUCUUCCACUCUCCACUUCCGGUCACCGGUUCUCAUCAUUCUCUCUCCAAACAAAGAUAAAGAUAAAGAUUAGGAGCCUAAGAAUAUCAAUACACAAAUCUGAAGACUUGUACAACUGGUUAACAAUUACUGUUCAGAAUACAUGGCUUGUCAAAUGGGAUCUAUGAAUCUGCAGUGGAGGUUAUCAUUGACAAAGAAUGAAGGAUGCAAAAGAUCAUUUAUAGCUCUCGCAACUUCUAGAAUCCAUAAAUGUUAUUGUGAGCCACGUUUUAGUGGACUAACUCCAAACGUUGGCAUGAAGUGUUUGCCUUUUUCUCAGUGCCGUUUCCUGGGAAGAAGAGCUGGGUGGAAAGUAGCGUUGGCGUUGAACACAGAUGGAUUGUCCGAUAAUGGUGAGCAACAAAGCCUCAAUGAUUCGGGUUCCAGUUUAGGUGGCACACGAUUGGGUAGGAUACUGAGUGCAGGUGGCAAGCAACUUCUAGAUAAGCUGAAUUCAGCUCGAAAGAACUUCCCUAUGAAAAUAUUCCUACUACUUUUGGGUUUCUACACAGCAAAUGCACUAGCCACAAUCCUUGGUCAAACCGGUGAUUGGGAUGUUCUGGUUGCUGGAGUUGUGGUGGCUGCAAUUGAGGGCAUUGGUAUGCUAAUAUAUAAAAAGGUACCUACUGAGAGGACCGGGAGGUUGCAAUCUUUUCUAGUGAUGGUGAACUACUGGAAAGCAGGCAUAUGUCUCGGCCUCUUUGUAGAUGCUUUCAAGCUAGGAAGCUAAGGACCAGAAACCGGUCUCUAUUGCUCUCUUCAACAUAUUAUUGUCUUCCAUAAAACCAUGGUAAGCCAUAAGUGCAAAGUUACUUUUCUUCUAAUGCUACCUUAGUUCUAUUAGUACUUAGUGCACAUGUAAUUGUAUUAUAUAUGAAUACCAUUAUUUAAUGAUGCAUAUUGCACAGUGCGCCGUUGCAUAUGCUUCUGUGAAUGAGAAACUGUUGUAUUCUUGACUCAACCUGAAUUCAUUCAACAUUUGCUUUAGGAA